AUGGAGGACUCAGAGAAAAUUGAGCGGGUCAAAUUAGAGCAUCCUUUACCAAAGGAAAUACAGCAAAUGAAACGAGAUGAUACAGUGUGUCAAUUCUGUGGUGUUAGUUACCUUAUACAUCGAGAAAUUAAAGAAUUAGAAAAUAAACUUGAAAAAUUAGAGAAAGAGCUUUGUAAAUAUAAAGGAAUAGAAGAGAGAGAAGCACAGUUGAAGAAUGAGUUACAGAUUUCACAAUGGAGCAACGAACAAUUGAAGAAAGAUUCCACACAAUUAGCAUCAAAACUUGCAGCUGUGACUGAAGAAAACACUGCCAAUAUAGCAGACUUAGAAAAACAAAGGAUUACAAAUAAAGAACUUGAAGAAAAACUUAACAAUCACCUAGAAAGUAGUGAACACAUAAAACUUCAACAUGAUCACCUCAAAAAAGUUCUUCCAGUUAUUAUGGGUAAUGUGAAACAACAAAAAUCAUCAUUACAAAACAUACAGACAUUUGUUGAACAGAGAAAUAAAGUUGUGAAUCAGUGUGUUGAACAGCUACAGAAAAUAGUUGAUCAUGUUGGGAAAAAUGAACUUGAGCAAAAAGACGAAUUACUGCAAAAAAUAUCAUUAUUAGAAAAACAAGUAACUGACUUUGAAGAAAGUAAAAACACUUUAGAAGCUGCCUUAAAAACAACUCAAGAAACAAUUCAAGGGUUGCGUGACUCCGAAAAUCAGCACAGACAGAGAGAACAAGAGUGUGAACGUUUAAACAGAGAAAUUCAAAAAUUUCGAAAUGAACUUGAGUCGGAACAUUCAAAAUGCAGAACAUUGUCUUCCGAAACUGCCCAGUACAAAGAAUUAUUAAAUCGUAAAACACAAGAAGUCGAUGACAUCAGCAUCCAAGUCAGAAAACGAGAUCAAAUAUCAGAACAGACUAUUGUGAAAUUACAACAAGAAUUGAAACACAAAAUUGAAGAAUUACAGUCAUCGGUGCUAGAAUGUCAGAAACUACGAAACAAGGCGCAGGAACAAGCCAGAUUGGAACAGGAUAGACAAAGGAAUAUUGCAAUGUCUAAGGGACAAACAGAAGAACUGAAAUCAGUAUUAUCAACUGUGCAAGAAGAGUUAGAAGGAUUAAAGUCUGAGAGGGAGUUAAUGAUUUCAUCGCACCAGAAUAGAAUUGAACAGCUAAAAGAAAGUUUCAAACAAAAACUAGCAGAAUCAGAGAAAUGGCCGUCAAAGAUGGUUGAUAACAUUCAAAAGGAAAGAGACAAAUGUGCUUGUGAGAAGAAAGCAUUAGAAGAAAAACUUAAAGAGUCAUUCACGAUGAUGGCGCUGUUUAGACCAGCAUGCUUUGACAACUGCUAUGAUUUUGUCUUUAAGGAGCUGGAAAUAGAGAAACAGAAACAUCAAGAGCUACUUGAUAAGUAUCAACGUGAAUAUGAAGAUCAAAUGAGUCAGCUGCGACAUGAAAUACGCAAUCAGAACAGUCAACAUCGAAUGGAAAUCAGUCGAAUGGAACGUCAGAUUAUUGAAGCAAAGCAUCAUGGGAUCAAUAAUGAAUCAUCUUUUAAAGGAGAGAUACAGAGUUUGAAGAAUAUCAUUAGUAAUUUAGAAGACAGUCUAGCUAAAUCAGGAACUGAAUGCGAUGAUGUCAUCACUGCGUUGAGAGCUGAGUUGAGAGAAGCAGAACUGGAUUUGUCGGGAACCAAAAAUGAACUAAAGCAGUUGGAAGACAAGUAUGAACAUGCUAAGGAAGAAGUCACUUUUCUUCAAGAUACUGUCAGACGAGAAUGUGAAGAGAGAUUUGAACUUACAGAAGCUUUGAGUGAAGCCAGGGAACAAUUGUUACAGAUUAACAGACCAUCAGGUGGUUAUGUAAAUAGUCCCAGGCCUUCAAAUCAAAAAACAUUUAUCAAAGAUCCUGGGAUUCUCAAGAGAAAAACUAGUUCUAGUAGUAUAAGUGGGACAGUUAGCAGUGAGAGUAUCACAAAUACUACGGUUGGUAGUCCAGUACUAGGCAAUAAUUUAGGUGGACACAAUGAGGGUGGCAGCAGUGGACAAAGUGCAGGGAAUGGAAUUCUGGGUGGUCAUGGGGGAAGUACCGGGAAACUUAGUGCACAAAGUGGAAUGCUCAGUGGACUGAGUGAUAGCUCAGGGAAGUUAAGUGGUCAAAGUGGAAGUUCUGGAAAGUUAAGUGGUCAAAGUGGAAGUUCUGGGAAGUUGAGUGGUCAUAGUGGAAGUUCUGGGAAGUUGAGUGGUCAUAGUGGAAGUUCUGGGAAGCAAAGUGGAGCACUUCACAGUGGAGGACAAGAGAAUGUUUUCCGCAUCAGGUCGAAUAAUGUCAGUGUUGGGUUUGAUGGAGUUGGUAUGCCACCGACUAAACCUGCCCAUGUUAAGCCCAAAGAGGGCAGUGUUGAUGACAGUCGUCAGAGAAUUGCUGCAGCUGUACGACGGAAAUAA